UCAGACGAUGUGGCGAUCAUUAUGUACACAAGCGGUUCCACUGGAACGCCAAAAGGAGUGGAACUCACACAUGACAACAUACUCACCGUGAUCAGAGGCUUCUUGGUCGUUGUCGACGAGGAGAUGGUCGGAGGCACGUACACCGGGUAUCUGCCCCUGGCUCAUAUAUUCGAAGUAACGAUGGAGCUCAUCAGUCUCAGCCUGGGAAUGCGUAUUGGAUAUUCCUCCCUUUUGACCCUGACAGACCAAUCAUCCGCCAUUGCUCAAGGUCAACAGGGGGAUCUGAGUCUCCUCAAUCCGGAGAUGAUGCCAAUGGUUCCGCUCGUCCUCGACCGCAUGAAAAAGUCCAUUACGCAGAAAGUCGCUUCACGGGGAAAAGUGUUCCAGCGAUUAUUCAACCACGCUGUGAGCUACAAAACCUAUUGGAUGCACUUGGGGUUCGGAACUCCGCUUCUGGACGCGAUUCUUUUCAACAAAGCCAAAAUGAUUCUGGGUGGGAAGCUCCGAAGAAUAGUUAUCGGCUCCGCGCAGGUUUCCGAAGAUUCACACGUUUUUGCUCGAGCUUGUCUCUGUCGCAAUAUCCUAUGCGGCUAUGGGAUGACUGAAACUGCGGCAGCGAUAUCAAUACAACUUCCCGGUGCCAUGACUCCCUCUGUGUGCGGGGCGCCUCUGAGAAAUAUUUACGUGAGGCUGGAACCGUGGCCCGAGGGUGGUUACGAUCCACGGGAUAAACCCAGACCGAGAGGAGAAAUUCUCGCCGGAGGAAGCGUCGUAGCGAAAGCCUAUCUGAACAACCCUCAGCUCACAGAACAAAGCAUUGUAGUCAUAGACGGGAUUCGAUAUCUCAGAACAGGUGACAUCGGGGAAAUGACAGAGCAAGGGGAAAUUCGGAUCAUCGACAGGAAGAAAGACCUCUUCAAAGGCCCAACAGGCGAAUACAUCGCUCUGGGCAAAGUGGAAGCUGAUCUGAAAACUUGUGUUCUCAUAGAGAAUAUAUGUGUUUACGGUGACCCGAAAUCGGGUCGGCUGGUGGCUCUCGUGAACCCCAACAGAGCAGAGCUGGAGGAACUCGCUCGUCGAUCGGGAAUCCGCGGGAGUAUCGACGAGCUCUGUGAGAAUCACACAGUGAGGCGUGAGGUUAUAUUAGCGCUCAAAAGACACUGUCUCUCCAAACAGCUCUCUUUCAAAGAAACUCCGUCGACAGCUGUUCUAUGUCCGACGCCUUGGACACCCGAGACGGGCUUUGUGACGGCUUCGAUGAAAGUUUGCAGGAAGCCCAUCAUCGAACAUUAUCGGGAACGCACAGAGAGAGAACUCGAAGCUUUGCUCCGCCCGAACUCCUGA